AUGGAGGACAUCCAAGCCACUGCAAAAUGGGCAAACCGUGUCCUGCGCCCCUUGACCUCCAUCUGCCGUCGAAUCGCAAAGCACAAAGAAACGCAGUCGAUAAUCGCGACCGAGUCUAAACCACAAGAAACCGCAGAGGGCAGUGAUGUGCCCACUUUGGAAGCCGACCACAAACCAGAAACCCGGCACAACUGCGCAGGCUCGGAUGCGGAUCCUGAUGAAAACGACCCAGCUUGGAUUCCAGGGAAAAAGCCCGAGCGACGCCGACCCAGACAUAAAUAUUCGUCCAAAACAGAGGAGACUGGAGGGAAAAGGCGCAAUAGACUAUCAACACAUAGCGCGGAGGUUUUAUGCACCCUGCCUGGCGCCAUUGAGGUCGCGACACCACUCAUCACUGGGAGGAGAUGGGAGAUGCCCCCGAGUGCACAGUCAGAACCCCCAGAAGGCCAAUUCAACCGCAAUAUCCAAAAAUCACAGCCACUAGUCUUCCGUGAUCGAUAUUCGCUCCACAAGAGCCCUUGGCAAGAGCUUCUCGACCAGUCUGGUGAUCCGGGCUUCGCCGACAUAGCACACAACCUUGAUCGCGUCUUCCAAAAUUUUCUUUGCAACACUGUGAUAUCCAAGCGAGAAGUGAAACCUUUAUCCGAAAGCAGCAGGCGUGGUGCACGAUCCUUGCUGUCCAUGGUGGCGCGCAGUCUGCCUGAAUUUAUCGCGAACGAGCAAGAAGCACAGGAUGAGUUGGACGAGAACGGGGAUGAAGAUAUGUGCGAUGCAUAUUUUACAGAGUUGGAAGCAUUUUAUGCGCCUUAUGGGACAGGUUGGAAGCCACUCCGCGAGGCUGUCCGCGCACAGGGUAUCUACUUGGUUUCUACCCUGAUACAGAAUCAUUGGAUAACAGAUUCGAUUGCUUGCGCACUGAUUGAGAAAUGUCGUUCUUUUGCGCCCGAAGAAAGUGACUCGUUACUCUCUACAUUGCUUUCCACACGCAAAAAUUACCCAUACCCCCAGGCUUUAAGGCCAAUGGUUGGCCAUGACCCUUCGGAUCCGAUCCGAUUGUUACGAAAAUAUGCUCAUCACGGCGUUGUCAAUCGCUCUUAUAUCUUCGAUGAACUUGCAAAGCUUCUCUUGCGGGGCUGGAUGACACGAGCAACGAUAUCCCUCUCGAAAGAGGAUGAAGACUGUCCUGCGGCCACGCGGUUGAUUGAAGCUGUGAUUCUCUCGGCCAGUGAUGUCUACCCUGUCACCGCUGCUCAGAGUUCUACACCCAAGUUCCCCUCAAAGGGAAAGACUUCUCGUGCUCGUGCGACCAGGGUUGCCUCCACCUCAGCGUGGGAAAUCUCAAAUCUUGCGCGGCCUUGCCCCUUACAGGUGGAAGAUGCAUUGAGCAAUCACGUCAUAAGCCUCAUGGCAGCGCUCUGUGGCAUGCACAUUUCACGGUCUCGUGCAUCCGAUGACACUAAUUGUGCGGAUGGAACGAAGGCGAGCUAUAUUACAAGCUAUCUUCAUAUCGCUCUGCAGCGAGAACUGGAAUCAAAUUCCUCCGCGCAGCGCCCUGAUAACACCCCUCAUCAAUUGUUACGGCGUGGCUGCAUCUUGCUAGCCACCAGCCUUGUACAGUGCAACGACAAAAUUUUAUCGGCCAAUAACCACCAUGUGAUGGCGUCAACAGCCAGUGUUGAUGAAUGUGCAGAAAUUAUAGCAUCUCAUUCAGACAUGGCUAGAGAAUUAGCAUUGUUUGUGCACCAAGCGUUUCGCUGCCUCAGAAAAAGUGCAGAAGAUGAAACUGAACAUACUAGCGGCGAAAUACGUGACAUGAUUUCGCAACUUGCCCGUUUGGCCUACACACCAGCCUUGUCUGCCUUUCUUGGACGAGUGGCGGCAGAAGCUGCCAUGGAGUUUGCAGAAGCCACAGGGGAUCCUGAUGAUCACAUGUGGGCCGUCGACGUCCAAGAGGCAGCUGUCAGAAGACAGCGCCAGGAAGAGACUGCCCAAAAGUCUUCAGUAGAACCCGAGGAAUCUAUUCAAACUACAGGCCUGUUCCGCUGGGAAGAUAGCAUAGGCGAGUGGGUGGCAUCUACGCCCGCGGCCAAGGGAAAACCCAUCCUAGUGCAGAAGGCCCAAAGACCCAUGCGCAUGCUAUCAAGCCCAGUGCCCUGCAAGGCUUCCUCUACAGACACAGACAGCAGCUCCCGUGGAUCUGACCGCUUCCAGCACUCUGUUUCAAGUCUGACCUCAUCUCCCCCGCCGAUGGCGACCAAGCGAACUUUCGAGGACGCCGAGGCCUCAUCCAUACGGCCUAGAAAACGACAACGGCCCACCCCGGUGAUUGUAGUUGACAGGGGUGCAAACAGUCCGCAAACACGCUCUACUACCCCCACUAGAUACAAUUCUACUGUGGAACCAGUCACUCGCCGAGACAUCCUGCUAGAGCGCAGCACUAAUCUGACCAGACGGAUGACCCCCGCAACACAACAGGCACGGAAGGUUGAAGUCGUGAUCAUUAAUCACAGAGAAAGCAGCCCGUGUCAGCCUACCGUCCGGCCCACCUUGGAGCGUGCUGCGAAGCAGGUUCAUCGCACGGUAGAGAGGCGAAGGUCUACGCGCCCUUCAGUCUCAACCAUGCGUCGUAUUGUUGAGCCAACUCCUCGACAAAGAGUCAUUCCUUGUUACCAGGAUGAUGACAGUGACGACGAGCUCAGCUUUUUCUGA